GAGGGUUUGAAGCUGCACCGCGAGGGAGCGAGGCCGCAGUGGCAGCGGCGGGCGCUCGGACCCCGGCUGCCCCGCCGCGCCCGCCGGCGUCCGGCGCUCCCCGUCCCGGCAUGGCAGCCCCCGUGGGCCGGCGCGGCUCAGGUGAGGGCGCGCGGCCCCGCGGGUCUCCGAACGCGGGCAGCGGGCGGGCGGCCAGCUUCCCCGACCUGGGGCGGCUGAGCUCCCGGUUUCCCUUGCCUAAACUCCGGUGCUGACCUCUCAGCUUCCCGGGAGUGGAGAUAAGGACAGAUGGCUCCUAGAACCUGGGCCACAGAGACGGAGCGCCUCCUGACACCCAGUCCUGGGUAUGGCACCCGGGCCGGGGCUUCCCCGGUCCCUCCGGAAGAGGAGGACCUGCGUCGCCGCCUCAAAUACUUUUUCAUGAGUCCCUGUGACAAAUUCCGGGCCAAGGGUCGCAAGCCCUUCAAGCUGAUGCUGCAAGUCGUGAAGAUCUUGGUGGUCACUGUGCAGCUCAUCCUGUUCGGGCUCAGCAACCAGCUGGCAGUGACCUUCCGGGAGGAGAACACCAUUGCCUUCCGGCACCUCUUCCUCCUGGGCUACUCUGAUGGGGCGGAUGAUACCUUCGCCGCCUACACGCGGGAGCAGCUCUACCAGGCCAUCUUCCACACCGUGGACCAGUACCUGAUGCUCCCCGAUGUGUCGCUGGGCCGGUAUGCCUACGUGCGGGGCGGAGGUGGCCCCUGGGCCAAUGGCUCGGCCCUGGCCCUCUGCCAGCACUACUACCACCGCGGCCACGUGGACCCGGCCAACGACACCUUUGACAUUGAUCCGCUGGUUGUCACUGACUGCAUCCGGGUGGACCCCCCUGAGAGACCCCUUGUGCCCCCCAGUGAUGAUCUCUCCCUCUCGGACGGCAGCGCCAGUUACAAGAACCUCACGCUCAAAUUCCACAAGCUGAUCAACGUCACCAUCCACUUCCAGCUGAAGACCAUCAACCUCCAGAGCCUGAUCAACAACGAAAUUCCAGACUGCUACACCUUCAGUGUCCUGAUCACUUUUGACAAUAAGGCGCACAGCGGCCGUAUCCCCAUCAGCCUGGAGACCCAGGCCCACAUCCAGGAGUGUAAGCACCCCAGCGUCUUCAGGCACGGAGACAACAGCUUCCGGCUCCUGUUUGACGUGGUCGUGAUCCUCACCUGCUCCUUCUCCUUCCUGCUGUGUGCCCGCUCGCUGCUCCGUGGCUUUCUGCUGCAGAACGAGUUUGUUGGGUUCAUGUGGCGGCAGCGGGGACGGGUCAUCAGCCUGUGGGAGCGGCUGGAAUUUGUCAACGGCUGGUACAUCCUGCUGGUCACCAGCGAUGUGCUCACUAUCUCAGGUACCAUCAUGAAGAUUGGCAUCGAAGCCAAGAACCUGGCAAGCUACGAUGUCUGCAGCAUCCUCCUGGGCACCUCCACCUUGCUCGUCUGGGUCGGCGUCAUCCGCUAUCUGACCUUCUUCCAUAAGUACAACAUUCUCAUUGCCACGCUGCGGGUGGCCCUGCCCAGCGUCAUGCGUUUCUGCUGCUGUGUGGCUGUCAUCUACUUGGGCUAUUGCUUCUGUGGCUGGAUCGUGUUGGGGCCCUACCACGUGAAGUUUCGCUCGCUGUCCAUGGUGUCCGAGUGCCUGUUCUCGCUCAUCAACGGGGACGACAUGUUCGUGACGUUCGCCGCGAUGCAGGCCCAGCAGGGCCGCAGCAGCCUCGUCUGGCUGUUUUCCCAGCUCUACCUCUACUCCUUCAUCAGCCUCUUCAUCUACAUGGUGCUGAGCCUUUUCAUCGCGCUCAUCACUGGUGCCUACGACACCAUCAAGCACCCCGGAGGUGCUGGCGCGGAGGAGAGCGAGCUCCAGGCCUACAUCGCGCAGUGCCAGGACAGCCCCACCUCCGGCAAGUUCCGUCGAGGGAGCGGCUCGGCCUGCAGCCUCCUCUGCUGCUGCGGCAGGGACGCCUCGGAGGAGCAUUCGCUGCUGGUGAAUUGAUUCGGACCCGCUGCUGCUAUUGGACAUUAGCCCUCCGACUGCGGAGACUCACGCUUAUUUAUUUUUAGG